CACCCGCAGCAGGAGCUGCUCUGGGAGCUGCGGCUGUGUGAGAUCCCAGGCAGCAAGUGCGGGGAGCGGGGCCUGGAGCAGAUAAGGGGCUGUGGCACGGUGACAAGGCCGCACAGGAGUAGGAAUUGCUGGGAAAAACAGCUGUCCCUGUUCCCUAUGGGGCUGGAGAGCCCUCCGGAGCCACUUGAGCUGCACGUGCAGUGGAGGAUCCGGUCCUCCUCGCGUCUGGAGGAGUAGUUCCCUUGAAAGGCCCAUGCAGAAAAACUCACCAAGCUGUUUCCUCCUCCUGCCGUCAGCAGCCACAUGACGAGUGAACCAGGAAGCGCUCGCAGCCUCCCUCCUUCCCACUGCAGCAUCCUCGCUGGGGAGACAGCGGCCAGCUCUCGCCCCGCAGAGGGGCGGCUGGCAGGCAGGGCCACCCGGGGGGGCCUGGCAGAGCCCUCUCCGUUACUGGCUUUUGUAUUUUUUUCUAGCAUCCUUCUGACUUGCAUAACAGGGCAGGGAGAUUUGCAGCAGCCCCAGACAAACGAGGGUUGGGCAGGGACAGUGUGUGCCUGAGCUGCUGGGCUGCCCGUGCUCCCGGGGACCAGGCAGUGCUCCAGUCUCCGCUCUGCAGCACUGGUAAGGGUGGCAGGGCUCCUGGGGGAGGCAGAGGCUGCGCCAGGCUUCAGAGGUGCUCAGCGGGCAGCAGCGGCAGGCGCAGGACUUGCCACCUCAAUGGCAGAGGAGAGACAGGCUUAGAGGGCUCUGGGUGCAGGGAGCCGGGCUCCUCCCCAGCUGAAGCACCAACACCAGGGCUUGGGACAUCAUGUUCAGCCGGUCAGGAUACCAAGCCCUUCCCUUGGGAGACUUUGACCGCUUCCAGCAAUCCAGCAUUAGGCUCUAUGGUGCCCAGAAAGGCUUCUUCUCAUUUGGAUCCAAGCAAGACCCUCUGGGGCAGACCUCAAAUGCAGCAGAUUCCUCACAGGGCUGGCUGUCCUGGAUCUGCCAUGGGAUUAUCACAUCCUUGGUCUUCUUGUUGAUGGUUGCCACCUUCCCCAUCUCGGGCUGGUUUGCCUUCAAGAUCGUGCCCACCUAUGAGCGAAUGAUCAUCUUCCGCUUGGGCCGCAUCCGGGCACCGCAGGGGCCAGGCAUUGUCCUGCUGCUGCCUUUCAUCGAUAACUGGCAGAGAGUGGAUCUGAGGACAAGGGCCUUCAACGUGCCACCCUGCAAGCUGACCUCCAAGGAUGGUGCCAUCAUCUCGAUGGGCGCUGAUGUCCAGUUCCGGGUAUGGGACCCAGUGCUGUCCGUCAUGAUGGUGAAGGACCUCAUCGCCACCACUCGUAUGACAGCGCAAAAUGCCAUGACUAAGACCCUGCUGAAGAAGAGCCUUCGUGAGAUCCAGGCCGAGAAGCUGCGGAUUGGAGAACAACUGCUAGUUGAGAUUAAUGACAUGACCAAGUCCUGGGGCCUGGAGGUAGAUCGAGUGGAGCUGACCAUGGAGGCCGUGCUGCAGCUGCCCCAGGAGAGCAUUACGGGCCCCCUCGCCACCCUGCCACCAGUGCCGGGGCUGGAGGGGCUCGACAGCACCAUUCAGCAGCUGGCUGCCCAUCUCUUCAGCAACACUCUGACAGGCAGUGCCAACAGCACCCCAGAGGCAGCAGACAGCAUGGAGAUUGUGAAUGAGGUGGAGUCUCCCACUGCUGCCAUCCCCACCGCCAGCGCCAGGAGGAAACCCAGCGCAGACGAGCUGCUCUCAGCUGUGGAGCUCUUCCUGUCUGAGCAGUUAGUCGGCCAGGUGGGAGCAUCUUACCAGGUCAACAUCACCCUGCCGAGCGGAGCCCGGAGCACCUAUUUCAUUGACCUUUCCUCAGGCAGUGGGCGAGCUGGCCGCGGAUUGCCAGAGAGCAGCCCUGAUGUGGUUCUGGAGAUGUCAGAGAAAGACCUGCAGGACCUCUUCCUGGGUGAACUUCGUCCCUUGAGUGCCUAUAUGAGUGGGAGGCUGCAAGUGAAAGGCGACCUGCACGUUGCUCUGAAGUUGGAGGAGCUUUUCAGGGCGAUGAAGCAACGUAGAUAGAGCAUGUGUGUGGGUGUGAGUCUGUGUGUCCAUGUGUACAUGUGUCUUUGUAUGUGAGCGAAAGGCACUGGAGGGGUAAAGUCAGCAGAGGUGGGGAGUGCAGGGGUGCUGCAUAGCGAGGGCCUUGCCUUCCCCACUUUGGAGCUCAUGCUGUCCCCUCUGCAAAGCAGUAGGAGUCGCAUGUGAGCAGGGAAACUGAGGCAAUAGAAGCCCAGAGAUCUCCCCUGUCCCUCAGGUUCCCACCCUCUUUGGGGUGAGCUCUGUUGCUUGUCCUUGCUCUUUUCUUUCCCUCCCCUCCCCACCCUUGCCCACAACUUUUCUAGUUGAGAACAAGUUGGCACCCCAGCUUGUGUCCAGAGAAUCCCCAUGUCCCUUAGCCAAGAGCUGCUGCAGGGCAUAGACCAAUGUCUUGAUGCCUCCUCAGCGGUGAAGGGAAGAGUGGUUGGGCUCCCCUGGGAGAUCUGGGGAUGAGAACCCCUUGGGGACCUCAUACUGGAAGGGGCAGGAGGUAAAAGUGCACUGGACUGGGAAGAGCUUAGGGACAUUGUAACCAAAUCAGCUUGACAGAACAGCAGCCAUGGGAGUGAGAUGGCACAGAGGGGAGAUCGUGAGUGGUCAGUGUAGCUGAAGAGAGACAACAGAGCAACUGGGCCAAGCUGGAUGCCAUGAGUGGGCUAGUGUUCAGGUCCAGCAUGGCACUGCUGACCCCAGUGUUUCCAGGGGAAGAAGCAGAGGUUAGGGAAUGGCCCGCCCAGAUGUGCCUGGGCCUUCCCGGCACAGAGGUUCGUAAUAAGUGAUUGCGCUAAUUUGUGCUUCAAAGUGCUUUUGCAUGCGUGCUGUGAGGUCUGUCCGCAGGGUACGCAUGGACUGUAUAUAGGCAUAUAUAGAUAUUUAUUUAUUUUGUAAGCUUCCUUUCUAUCAACUCUUGAUUGACAAUAAACCUGUUC